GACCCCGAGCUCGAACCUAGUAAGUGAUUCUGUGUUCAAUCUUCUGACAUCCAGCAUUUAUAGACGGGUUUGUUCGGCCAGACCUUAUCCCUGUUGUUGCUUUACAAGUCUUCUGUCCUAAGCGCCAACAAUGCCAGGUGAAGCCACAGAAACUGUCCCAGUGACGGAGCAGGAAAUGCAGCAGCCCCAAGUGGAGACGGCUGCUGCUGCUUCAGUUCCUGCUGUCUCUCAGCCAAAGACUAAAGGGGCUAAGGCUGGCUCAUCUCCACACUCUUCUGCCCCCAAGCCUGUUCCUGUGGGCCGCCGGAAGCGCUCCUCGCUUUCCGCUUCUUCCUCUUCUCCCACUUCACCCAAAUCAGCCUCUGGCCCUCGAGCCACCCCACCUUGUUCUCCACUAGCAUCUCCUACAGCUCGCUCCCCAGGUGCAGGGAAACCUGAGACAGUUGUUCCCAAGGUUGUGAAGGCUGGUAAACAAGCAAAACCCAAGAAAGCAGAUUUUAAAAUUGCUGAACCUCAGCAGGCAACCCUACCUUCUGCUACACCCUCAGAGGCUAAAACAGCACAUGAGUCUUCCCCAACCUCUAACAAGGUGGCUAAUAUACCAGUGGAGGGUGUAGCUACUGCCUCUGUAUGUCCUAAAGCUGCUGGUGUAGCUCCAGUGGAGGCAAAACUAGUAGAAGGUGCAGGCCCUGCAGCUGACUCUCUUCAAUGUACCACUGAUUCUCCAGUGAAGGCAAAACAGGAGAAGGGUGCAGCAGCUGCUCCAGUGAAAGCUGAAGCACCUGCACUCGCUUCUGAUAAAGAUGUCCCAGCUCCAGUGGAAGCAAAACCAGAGAAAGUUGAAGCAACUACCUCAGCUUCAGUGGAGGUAAAACCAACAAAAGGUGCAGGCCCUACUGUAGCUUCUCCUAAAGGUACUAUUGCUGCUCCAGGAAAGGUAAACCAGGUGAAAGGUGCUGCAAAAGUUGUCCCAGCUCCAGUGGAGGCAAAACCAGUGAAGGGUGAAGUAGUUGCCCCAGCCGCAAUUCCAGUUGAUGUGAUGCUGGUGAAGGGUCCUGCACCAGCCUCAGCUAAAGAUGUUGCCCCAGCUCCAGUGAAGACAAAACUACUGAAGGACGAAGCUGCUGCCCCAACUCCAGUUGAUGUGCUGCAGGUGAAAAGUGUUGCACCUGCACCAGCCACUUCUAAUGUUGCUGUCCCUGCCCCAGUGGGUGCAAAACCAUUAGAGGGUGAAGCACCUACUCCAGUAUCUCCUAAAACUACUGUAGCUCCUGAGGCUUUUAAAGUAGUUUCCAAGUCAGCUGCCCACGCACCCAAAUCAUAUUCUGAGGUUGUGGCAUGUAGCCCACCCAAAGUACCAGAAAUCCCGAAGGUUGUUCAUGAGACCCCAGUAGCACCUAAGGUGCCAGAAGUCCCAAAGGCUCCUGCAGUUGUUACAGAAACCCCGAAGAGUGCUGAAGUACCCAAAGCUGCUCCUGAAUCUCCAAAGGCUCAGCCUGUACCUGCCUUAUCUCCAGUGCAAAAAGCAAAGUCAGCUCCAGCUACUGCUUCUAAAGUAAAGGCAGAGGCCCCCAAAAAGAAGCCAAGCGUUGCUCCCUCUACUGUUCUGGCAGCAACUCCUGAGUCUUCCAUUUCACCUCUGGAGGAGGAGGACGACCUCCCUCCACUUAUUCCACCUGAGAAGCCUGCCACAAUGCCUGUUUUCCAACCCCAACCUGUGGUCGAGGCUUCACCUAAAGUAGACCCUGUAGUUAAAGCUGUUGUGCCGCCAGCUGGUCCCAAAGCCACUGUUACACCUGCUAAAUCUCAGCCUGACCCUACACCAGUAAAAGCCCCAUCCAAACCGGAACCAGUAAUCAAGAAUGACAAGGGGUCCGGCACUGAAUCAGACAGUGAUGAAUCUGUUCCUGAACUGGAGGAGCAGGAUUCUGCACAGACACAGACGCAGCAGGCGCAGCUUGCAGCUGCUGCCGAAAUUGACGAGGAGCCUGUCAGUAAAGCCAAACAAAGCAGAAGCGAAAAGAAAGCAAGAAAGGCAAUGUCCAAACUGGGUCUCAGACAAGUGACGGGAGUUACCAGGGUAACCAUUCGCAAGUCUAAGAAUAUUCUGUUUGUCAUCACCAAACCAGACGUCUACAAAAGUCCCGCUUCAGACACUUAUAUUGUCUUCGGAGAGGCUAAGAUCGAGGACUUGUCCCAGCAAGCUCAGCUGGCUGCUGCAGAGAAGUUCAAGGUCCAGGGAGAAGCAGCAUCAAACAUACAAGAAAGCACACAGACGCCUACAGUACACGAGGAAAGCGAAGAGGAAGAGGUUGAUGAGACCGGAGUAGAGGUUAAGGACAUUGAGCUGGUCAUGUCUCAAGCCAACGUAUCACGGGCAAAGGCUGUUCGCGCACUGAAGAAUAACAACAACGACAUUGUCAAUGCCAUUAUGGAACUGACGAUGUAGGUGGAUAUCAGAGCAGGGCAGAAUGAGAUGUUGCUGAAUUAAUCUACACUAUUUGUACAAUUUAUACCCAAGAGAAAUAAAGUUGUGGCUUGAUGGCUA